UACCAUCCCUAUGGCAGUAAUUUUUUCAUCUUUCUUUUCCUCUUUCUCUUCUCAUCAUCAUCAUCUACUCCUCCUUCUCUCAGCUCCCACCCUCUCCCACUCUCUCACUCUCACUCUCACUAUGAUCUUUCCAUGGGUUAAACAUAUUCCAUCGUCUUCUCGUUUCAGAUCAACUUUGGCUUUAGAAAAAAAAAGUUUCCAUUCACUUUUUCCUCUUGUUACCAAAAAAAAAUCUCUUGCAAUGUAUUUAAGUUAACCUAUAAUAUAAUCUAACCUUAAAUUCAAAACUAAAUUAAUUUUAAUUGUAAACAAUUAAAAAACCAUGAUAAUCACCAUUAAAACAACCAAUCAAUUAAAACAAAAAGUGACCUCAAACUUGUCAAUUGCUGUGCAAUAAACAAACUAAAUACAUUAAACAAAAACCUUCAACUUUCAUUUGAAAUUAAUUGUUUAAUCAUCAUCAUCAUUACUUGUCAACUAUUAAUUACUUUACUAUCUCAACAAUUAACGACAAUUAAAAAAAAAACCUCUUCAACUAAUCAACUAAUCAAAAAAAAAAGUGAAACUAAAAAAAAACAAAGUUUUCUCAUCUCUAGUCAUCUUAUUAAGUGUGUGUGUUUGUUUGUGUUAAUCAACUUAAUCAGUUAAUUUAAUUGUGUGUGUGUGUAAGUCUAAUUGUCUUAUUGUAAUCAACUUAAUCUUAGUGAUUUACUAAUUGUCAAAAAAUUAUUGUAGUUUUUACAGUUGCGAAACUUUUUGUUGUCAAUUUUUUUUUCUCGCUUUCGCAAAUUUUAAUUUAACAAGAAAAACGUAAUUAGUGUUUGAUUGUAGACAAUUUAAAAAGUUAAUUGUAUUUGUUGAUUGUGGAAAUGGACUCAGAUCAAGGAGCAAUGUCAUCCGAGGAUUAUGUUAGCGAUUUGUUUGAUCAUCAAAUUCAAUUCGAUCUCGUUAAACAGGAAAUGAUUGUCGGAAGUCGAGCCAAUGGGACAGGAGGAGGAGGAGGAGGCGGUGGAAGUGGUAACAGUGUCAGUGGCAGUGGAGGAGGAGGAGGAGGUGGUAAUGGUAAUAGCAAUAGUAAUAAUAAUAAUAAUCCUGAUAAUAGUUCAAAUAAUAACAGUGGUAAUAAUGAAAAUGCAAAUUCAAAUGCAAAUGCAAGUAACGGGACUGUUGGGGGUGGCGGUGGUAAUAACAGUGGUGGUGGUGGAGGAGGAGGUGGUGGUGGUUCAUCAAAGCAUGGAUCAUUAAGUGGCUUAAGUACCCUUGGUGUAAACAUUGUGACAACUGAUUCAAGUACAACGGUAACUUCAUCAUCAACAAGCUCAUCCAGAAACUCAGAAUCUACUAAUGGUGGUGGUGAAAUAGGAAGUGGGUCAAAUAAUAAUAAUAAUAAUAAUAGUGCUAAUAGUGUUACUCAUCAUUCACAUUCUCACCAUCAUCCUAAUCAUCAUCAUCCCAAUCAUCCUCAUCAUCAUGCUCAGGCUCAUGUUGUUCAUCCUCAUAUUCAUCACCAUCAUCCACAUUUAAUGAAUUCCAGUUCAUCUGUUUCAUCACCUUCCGCCUCCUCAACCUCAUCAACCUCUUCAUCAACAGCACCACCACCACCACCACCACCACCUUCAUCAUCAUCAUCAUCAUCCUUACCAAUAACUAAUCAUCAUCAUGGUAAUCUAUUAAUUGGUUUAAAUACACCUCGAAAAUUAAUUCAUCCAAGUCAACUGACCACUCCAGGUACUCCUCCUGAUACACCUCCCGGUAAUAGUCAUUCACUUUCAUCGCCUCCAAUUUUACCACCCUGCCCAUCUCAAAUUGCCGUGAUCUCAACAAGUGAUGUGGUGAUUGGUAUCGGCGGUGGUGGAGGCGGUGGACUCAAUAAUAAUAUGCUGGAAUCACAUAAGACAAUUUUCCUUGAUGAUCCAAUUUCAUGGGCACCAACAAUGCCGAGUCCACUUCGUUAUCAAGGGACGAUACCCAAUGGUGGGAUGAAUAUCGGAGGAGGUGCAAGUUUAAAUGGUCUAAGUGUGGUCAAUGGAACCAAUCAAGAGGGUCCACUUGACCUGAGGGGACAAAAUGGUAAUGAAUAUGAUAAUCCUUGGUUGACAAGUCGUCGAGGUGAUUUUAUUGAUCUUGGCUCAAAUGGUAUGAGUCCAACACACUGUUUACUUCCGGGUGGUUUUAUGACACGACUUUCAAACGGAUCACUUUUACCUUCAUCACCAACUUCCAACGGCAAUGCUAACAAUAUGCAACAACAACAACAACAACAACAACAACAACAACAGCAACAGCAACAAGGUAACAAUCAAAACACCAAUAAUAAUAAUAUGCAUCCGUCCGCUGCUAUGGUUACUACUGGUCUUCCUCAUCAGUUAACAUCCUCUGGACCAACUCAUGGUCAACCUCAAGUUCAUCACCAUGGUCAUCACCAUUCCCAACUUUCUCAACUUACCAAUGUGCGAAACCCUAGUGCCAAUAAUCAUAAUCUAAAUACCGUUAAUCUCCCUUUACACAGUCACCUUCAAGGGAACACCAAUCCCAACACAAUCACCACAACCACUGGUAUCAUUAAUGGAGUAGGAGGUGGUAACGGUGGUGGUGGUGUUUAUACACCAUCAAGUGUCCAUAACAAUGGUAACAUUUUAAGUGGAAGUGGAUCAACUUCCGGUCGAACUGGUGGAAGUGGUCAUCAUCACAAUAGUCAUCAUCAUCAUCAUCAUCCUCAUCGAUCACCAUCAAUCUCAUCCUCAAGUAGUCAAAAUCAUCCACAAAACAAUCCAUACAUCCAUUCCAAUGGAUCCUCAAGUUCACCUGAGAUCGGGCUUAAUUUGAACGAUGAACAGUUGAUUCGUUUAUCGGUUCGUGAAUUGAAUAAAAGGCUUCAUGGUUUCUCACGUGAAGAUAUUCAAAGAUUAAAACAGAAACGUCGAACCCUCAAGAAUCGAGGUUAUGCUCAAAAUUGUCGAACCAAAAGGCUUCGACAUAAGCAAGACCUUGAAGUCCGAAAUCGAAGAUUUGAAACGGAAGUAGAACGAUUUCAAUCUGAAAUUAAUGAUCUUCGAAGUCAAUUGGCUCGAGCAAGUCACGAGCGAGAUUAUUUUCGUGAACAAUAUCUACUAAUAAGUCGAGCAACUGGUCAGCAAGGGUCAACACUUUCAAUUGUAUCAACAUCGAGUGCCAAUAAUAAUCCUAGUCAAGAUGCUAAAUCUAAUCAAGAGCAACAACAACUUCAACUUCAACACCAACAACAACAACAGCAUCAUCACCAUCACCAACUCCAACAACAGCAACAGCAACAACAACAACAACACCCAAUGGGACUUGGUAAUGAGACAAAUUGUUUAACAAAUGGUUCAUCCAUCGUCGGGGUUAAAGGUUUAGGUCAAAACAACGGGUUAAUAAAUCACACGGCCAAUGGAUUAACAACAACACCAACAACCAAUGGUCACAAUCACCACAAUCAUCAUAAUCACCAUCAACCUCAACACCAACACCAUGUAGGUGAUUCAAUGUCAUCAACUGGAUCAAGUGAUUCAAGUGUAGGUGCCAGUAAUCCAAGUUCACCGGAAUAUUAUAUGUGAUCUGAAAUAAUCCAAAUCCCAUUGACCCAAUUAAAAUCUUAUUCCAAAUCCCCUUCAAUCCUAAUCCACGAAAUAAACAAACAAACAAACAAUCAACAUGAUAAUCAAAUUACAAAUUGAAAUGACCAACAAUAACAAAAUCAAACCACUCAAAUGAUAAUAAGACAGUAACAAUUUUUAAUCAUCACUCUUAAAGUAAUAACAAAAUGGUAACAAUUAAUUUCACCAGCAAUUAACUUCAUCAUCUCAUAACAAUCAAAGAUCAUCACCUUGAUUUACAAUCACCACCACCAACGGCAAGAAAACUUGAAAGCAAAUCAACCUGACACCCUUAAGAAUAAAUGAUUUCCCUUUAGAUUUUGUUUCCACUUCCUCCUCCUCCUAUUCCCACUCUCAUAAUAAUCCACCACUCUGACAAAAACCCACCACGAAAACGAGGUAAACAUUUAUCAUCCCGAUGAUAAGGAAGACAAAUCAAAACAACAUGAAAAUAACUUUUUUUUUGCCCAAAAAAAAACAACAACAACAAAAACAACAUUUUCUUGGCAUCAGAAAAACAUAAACAAUCAACAAUCAAUUGAUCAUCAUCAUCAUCAUCAUGAAAUAUUAUCAAUUUCAAUUCUGAAAUGAAAAUAAAUAUAAAAAUUGUUUGAAUUAUCAUCAUGAUGAUAAUGAUGAUUGGAGAUGUUGAUCUUUAUAAAUUACUUUCCGUUUUUGCCAAAUCAUUUCAAUUGAAUACAAUUAAUUGAUUUUACAACAAUUGAUUGUUAAUCACGAUAAACAAUCAUUUAUGAUGAUAAUUAUUCACCCACUUUUUUGUUUCAAGCCAACAAUCAAAACUAAUUCAUCUAGAUGAUCAAAUUAAUUUCAUUUAAAUUGUUUCCCUUUUUGUUUUAUCAUCAUUACAUUUAUGAUAUAAUCCGUUAGGGGGCUAGUCUUUUAAUCAUCAAUAUGAUUUACUAAUUGUGGUCAGUUAAAUCAUUUAAACCAAUUACUUUGUAACCUUGAUUGUUGAUUGAUUAAUUAACUGAUACAAUUUUAUGUUUCUCUCUCUCUCUCACUCUUGUUACCUUUUAAUUUGCUAAAUCAUCAUCAUCAAAAUCAUUGAUUUCUGGUGAGAAAAAAAAAUUAACAAUUAAAUUGAUUUUCAUUCUGA